AUGGAGAACUUCUCCCUGCUGACGAUCUCUGGGCCUCGUCUGCCCAGCUGUGCCAUGAAGAGCGAACGUGAGCUGCCAUUCCCCAGGAACACACCCAGCCUGCCAGCUUGUGUCCCCAGCGAUGGCCAGAACAGCGAGCCUCUAGGGUGCAAUUGCACCAUCUACCGGCCCUGGUUCUCCCCCUACAGCUACUUUGUGUGCAUGGACAAGGUCAGCAAGCGGGAGGCCUGCAGCUUCCCAGACAUGCUGGUGGCCAGCGCCAGGGACACCAGCCAGCCUGAUGAGCUCCCAGAGAGCAUCUGCUCCUCCUCCUGCUCCCUGGAGAAGGCUCGCCCCAACGAGGGCACAAGGAGAGCCAGCCCUGGUGUGGAGGCCAGGGACUGCAUCACAUCCCGGGACAUCCUGAUGGCCUCCAAGUGGCAGCCAGCGCCACAGAACGGCUACAAGUGCGUGGCCUGCUGCCGCGUCUUCCCCACCCUGCACUCACUCAAGACGCAUGUCAAGUGUGGCUUCAAGGAGGGCUUUAGCUGCCAGGUGUAUUACCACAGGCUCAAAGUGCUGUGGGAGAAGGAGCGCACAGCCCGGCCCAGCAACUGGCUGGCCUUCAGCAGCUGCAAAACACCCAAGUGA